AUGCCUCUUGCAAUUGUGGCGCUGAUUAGAGCAGAGAUUGCCCACAUUCUGCAGACGAAGGCAGACCCUACGAUCGUCAAGCUGGCCUUCCACGUGUCUCGUAGCGUCUCCAUCAAAAGGGAACGGGAAGCGGUCGACUUGUCUUUCAUUGGGCUCAUCAAGGGGCUCCAAAAGGAGAGAUUAAGAAGAAAUCACAGAGCGGCGAGAGGGAGGAGGAGAAAAACAGCAAGCUGCCAGAAGCUCUAUCGUCUCGUCUGA